UAGGCGAUGAAAAAAUGAAACCUUUUCCGUUUUAUGUUUGAUUGAAAUGGAUGCAAUAGCAGUGAUGGUUAUUGGCAUUGGUGAUGCGUAACCAUCAAAUGCUCCCCGAAGCAAGACAGCAGCACAUUCCGAAAAUAAAGUUGAGGACCGAAACGACAAUAAGAGUAAAAGGAAGGGGCGAAAUAUAAAAAAGAAAAAAAGAAAAGAAGGUCGCAAAAUUUGUAGCGUAGAAGGAAGUGUUGUAAGCAGGUUGAGCAGCUGGUUUUUGCAUUGCCAUAUUUACAGCCCCCUUCACCUUUCUUCUGCAGAAUCUAUCACACAUUCUUCGCUCCCCCUCUCUAGGGUUUCACCUUCUUGCCUUUCUCUUUCUCUCUCUCUCUCUUCUUCUUCUUUUCGGUUUUGUUUGGCUUCGAACGGAAGGUUAGCAAAGGCCUAAGGUUCCCCGAAUGGCGACGGCACCGGUGAAGUCUCAACCUCUUCACAACUUCUCCCUACCUUUCUUGAAAUGGGCCUCCAAAAGCCACACCAAGCCUAACCACCGCCACCGCUCUCCCCUCUCCCGCGACUCCUCCUCCUCCCAGCUUCCUCCCCCCGCCGAUCACGAUUCCGAACCCGAAACCCGCAGGCUCGGAUCCAGAACCGUCAGAUACCGAUUUGGAUUCUCCUCCUCCCAUAUCGCAGAAAAAUCUCACACUGAACAACAACAACAACAACAGCAGCAGCGGCAACAAACUUCCGACCGAGCAGGCAACAAUGUAACCGACGAUGAUGACGGCGGCGGCGGAAAGAGGAAGCGUGAGGACGGCGAAGAAGAAGCCAAAGGCGAAGGUGAGGAGUUAAAGGUUGAAAAGCCUUGGAAGUUGAGGCCCAGGAAAUCAGCGUUCCCAAGGGGUUCUGGGAAUGGGGAAGCGGGUGCGGCGGUUACCGGUGGGCCGUCAUCGGAGCCGAAGUCGGUGCGGCUGAGGGAGAUGGCGGAUAUGCAGUGUCAAGGUGACAGGAAAGAGAAGAGGAAGUUAUGGAUUGCCCUUUCGAAAGAAGAAAUCGAAGAGGACAUAUUCGCCAUCACUGGGUCGAGGCCCGCCAGAAGGCCCGAGAAAAGGCCCAAGCAUGUUCAGAAACAACUGGAUUGUGUUUUCCCUGGCUUGUGGUUAGUAGGGGCAACGGCAGAAGCUUACAGAGUUGCUGAUGCUCCAGCCAAGCGUUAGAUGAGCAUGGUACCAAUUGAGGUGGAUUUUGUAAAGAGUUGUUGCACAAGAAUGAAUAUUUACUUAGAGUUAGUCUCGUAACCUCAUAGUCCUUCUCUGUAGGUAAACAGAUAUAUAUAGUAGUAUUAGUACAAUAUAUGUACAUAUGAUUAACUAAAUGGAUUUCAAUGAUAUAUCAGUUGCAGAGAGAGCUCUUAUGUU